CCCCAGUCCCGCCCGCCGCAGCUCCGCCGGGCCAGCUGCUGCGCCCGGCUGCCGGCGCGCCCCGUCCGGGAUGGGGCGCCUGGACGCCUGAGUCGCCGCGGUUCGGCGCGACCUCCGCGCGGGGGGAAGGAGCCGGCGUCGCGCGGCCGCGCUAGCAUGGAGGCGCUCGGCGGCAGCGAGCCCAGCGGCGAUGGAGCCGGGGAUGGUGCCCACCAGGACUCCAGGGGCCCUGGCGCCGCUGCGCCCAGCUCCGGCCCCGGCCCGUGCGCGGCCGCCAGGGAGUCCGAGCGCCAGCUGCGCCUCCGCCUGUGCGUCCUCAACGAGAUCUUGGGCACCGAGCGGGACUACGUGGGCACCUUGCGCUUCCUGCAGUCGGCGUUCCUGCACCGCAUCCGGCAGAAUGUGGCGGACUCCGUGGAGAAGGGUCUCACAGAGGAGAAUGUCAAGGUCCUGUUCUCCAACAUCGAGGACAUCCUGGAAGUCCACAAGGAUUUCCUGGCCGCCUUGGAGUACUGCCUGCAGCCGGAGCCUCAGUCUCAGCACGAGCUUGGCAACGUUUUCUUGAAGUUCAAGGACAAGUUCUGCGUGUACGAGGAGUAUUGCAGCAACCACGAGAAGGCCCUGAGGCUGCUGGUGGAGCUGAACAAGAUCCCCACCGUGCGCGCCUUCCUGCUGAGCUGUAUGCUCCUGGGCGGCCGGAAGACCACGGACAUCCCCCUGGAGGGCUACCUGCUAUCCCCGAUCCAGAGGAUCUGCAAGUACCCGCUGCUCCUCAAGGAGCUGGCCAAGAGGACGCCUGGGAAGCACCCGGACCACCCCGCAGUCCAGAGCGCCCUGCAGGCCAUGAAGACCGUGUGCUCCAACAUCAAUGAGACCAAGCGGCAGAUGGAGAAGCUGGAGGCCCUGGAGCAGCUGCAGUCGCACAUCGAGGGCUGGGAGGGCUCCAACCUCACGGACAUCUGCACCCAGCUCCUCCUGCAAGGCACGCUGCUGAAAAUCUCCGCGGGCAACAUCCAGGAGCGGGCCUUCUUCCUCUUCGACAACCUCCUGGUCUACUGCAAGCGGAAGUCCAGGGUCACCGGGAGCAAGAAGUCCACCAAGAGGACCAAGUCCAUCAACGGCUCCCUCUACAUCUUCAGGGGUCGCAUCAACACGGAAGUCAUGGAGGUGGAGAACGUGGAGGAUGGAACAGCUGAUUACCACAGCAAUGGCUACACUGUCACCAACGGCUGGAAGAUCCACAACACUGCCAAGAACAAGUGGUUCGUCUGCAUGGCCAAGACAGCAGAGGAGAAGCAGAAGUGGCUGGACGCCAUCAUCCGCGAGCGAGAGCAGCGCGAGAGCCUCAAGCUGGGCAUGGAGCGGGACGCGUACGUGAUGAUCGCGGAGAAGGGCGAGAAGCUCUACCACCUGAUGAUGAGCAGGAAGGUGAGCCUGAUCAAGGACCGGCGGAGAAAGCUGAGCACCGUGCCCAAGUGCUUCCUCGGCAAUGAGUUUGUUGCCUGGCUCCUGGAGAUCGGCGAAAUCAGCAAGACGGAGGAAGGGGUCAACCUGGGCCAAGCCCUACUGGAGAAUGGCAUCAUCCACCACGUUUCCGACAAGCACCAGUUCAAGAAUGAACAGGUGAUGUACCGCUUCCGCUACGACGACGGCACCUACAAGGCACGGAGCGAGCUGGAGGAUGUCACAUCCAAGGGCGUGAGGCUGUAUUGCCGCCUUCACAGCCUCUACACCCCGGUGAUCAAAGACCGCGACUACCACCUGAAGACCUACAAGUCGGUGCUUCCCGGGAGCAAGCUGGUGGACUGGCUGCUGGCGCAGGGAGAUUGCCAGACGCGGGAGGAGGCUGUGGCGCUGGGCGUGGGCCUGUGCAACAACGGCUUCAUGCACCACGUGCUAGAGAAGAGCGAGUUCAAGGACGAGUCCCAGUACUUCCGCUUCCACGCCGACGAGGAGAUGGAGGGAACCAGCAGCAGGAACAAGCAGCUCCGCAACGACUUCCGGCUGCUGGAGAACAUUCUGGCCAAGCGCCUGCUGAUCCUGCCCCAGGAGGAGGACUACGGCUUCGACAUCGAGGAGAAGAACAAGGCUGUGGUGGUGAAGUCGGUGCAGAAGGGCUCACUGGCCGAGAUGGCCGGCCUGCAGGCGGGGCGCAAGAUCUACUCCAUCAACGAGGACCUGGUGUGCCUGCGGCCCUUCUCCGAGGUAGAGGCUGUGCUCAACCAGUCCUUCUGCUGUCGCCGCCCGCUGCGCCUCCUGGUGGCCACCAAGGCCAAAGAGAUCAUCAAGGUCCCCGACCAGCCAGAUGCACUGUGCUUCCAGAUCCGUGGGGCCGCCCCGCCCUACGUCUACGCCGUGGGGAGAGGCUCAGAGGCGGCGGCCGCGGGGCUGUGCGCUGGCCAGUGCGUGCUGAAGGUGGAUGGCGGCAGCGUGGCGAGCGCCGGCGCCCCCGCCGUGCUGGAGCACUUCCAGGCCUUCCGCAGCCGGCGCCACGAGGCCCUGGGCCUGUACCAGUGGAUCUACCAUACCCACGAGGAUGCCCAGGAGGCCCGAGCCAGCCCCGAGGCCCCCAGCGAGGAUCCCAGGGGCGAGGAAGACCAGCCUGCCUCAGCCUGCCUUCUGCUGUCCCUGGGCCCCCAGCUGAGCCUGCGUGAGGACAGCCCCGUGGUCAGCCUGACGGUGGACAACAUGCACCUGGAGCACGGUGUGCUGUACGAAUACGUGAGCACAGCGGGCAUCAAGUGCCACGUGCUGGAGCGCGUCGUGGAGCCCCGUGGCUGCUUCAGCCUUGCGGCCAAGGUGCUGGAGGCCUUUGCGGCCGACGACAGCGUCUUUGUGCAGAACUGCGGGCGGCUCAUGGCCCUGGGCAGUGCCAUGGUGACCAUGCCGCACUACGAGUUCCGGCACAUCUGUGACACCAAGCUGGAGAGCAUCAGCCAGAGGGUGGCCUGCUACCGGGAGUUCGCAGCUCAGCUGAGGAGCAGGGUCAGCCCAGCCUUCAAACAGGCGCCCCUGGAACCCCACCCACUGUGUGGCCUGGACUUCUGCCCCACCAACUGUCACAUCAACCUCAUGGACGUGUCCUACCCCAAGAGCACGCCCUGCAUCGGCCGGUCCUUCAGCAUCCGCUUCGGGCGCAAGCCCUCCCUCAUUGGUCUCGACCCAGAACAAGGUCACCUGAACCCCAUGUCCUACACCCAGCACUGCAUCACCACCAUGGCUGCCCCGUCCUGGAAGUGCCUGCCUCCUGCGGACAGGGACUCCGAAGGCCAGGGUCUCGGUGACCCCAGCGGGGCCCCUGGCCAGGAAGACCGGGGCCUGAGCUUCCUGCUCAGGCAGGAGGACCGGGAGACCCAGGACGCCUACCUGCAGCUCUUCACCCGGCUGGGCGUGGCCCUGAAGGAGAUGAAGCAGUAUGUCACCCAGAUCGACAGGCUGCUGUCCACCAUCACGGAGCCCACGGUGGGCGGGGCCUGCGAGCCACCCUCAGCUGAGGAGGCCUCCUCGUCCCCGCUAGUCGGCGAGGAGAGCGAGCUGGACAGGAGUGACCACGGGGGCAUCAAGAAGGUGUGCUUCAAGGUGUCCGGGGAGGAGCAAGAGGACUCAGGCCACGACACCAUGAGCUACCGCGACUCCUACAGCGAGUGUAACAGCAACCGGGACUCAGUCCUGUCCUACACCAGUGUGAGAAGUAACAGCUCCUACCUGGGCAGCGACGAGAUGGGCUCCGGGGACGAGCUGCCCUGUGACAUGCGCAUCCCCUCGGACAAGCAGGACAAGCUGCACGGCUGCCUGGAGCAUCUCUUUAACCAGGUGGACGCCAUCAACGCGCUGCUCAAGAGCCCGGUGAUGAGCAGGGCCUUCGAGGAGACCAGGCACUUCCCCAUGGACCACAGCUUACAAGAGUUCAAGCAGAAAGAAGAGUGCACGAUCCGUGGCCGGAGCCUGAUCCAGAUCAGCAUCCAGGAGGACCCCUGGAACCUCCCCAGCUCCAUCAAGACCCUGGUGGACAACAUCCAGAGAUACGUGGAAGAUGGAAAGAACCAGCUGCUCCUGGCCUUGCUGAAGUGCGCAGACACGGAGCUGCAGCCACGCAGGGACGCCGUCUUCUGCCAGGCCCUGGUGGCCGCCGUGUGCACCUUCUCCGAGCAGCUGCUGGCGGCCCUGAGCUACCGCUACAACAACAACGGCGAGUAUGACGAGAGCAGCCGCGACGCCAGCCGCAAGUGGCUGGAGCAGGUGGCCGCCACGGGUGUCCUGCUGCACUGCCAGUCCCUGCUGGCGCCCGCUGCUGUGAGGGAGGAGCGGACCAUGCUGGAGGACAUCCGGGUGGCCCUGUCAGAGCUGGACAACGUCACCUUCGCCUUCAAGCAGCUGGACGAGAACUACGUGGCCAACUCCAGCGUCUUCUACCACAUUGAAGGCAGCCGGCAGGCACUGCGGGUCAUCUUCCACCUGGACAGCUACCACUUCUCCAAGCUGCCCUCGCGCCUGGAGAGCGGGGCCAGCCUGCGGCUGCACACGGUGCUCUUCACUCGAGCUCUGGAGGGGGUGGAGGGAGCGCCUCCUCCAGGCUGCCAGGCUGCGGAAGAUCUGCAGCAAGAGAUCAACGCACAGUCCCUGGAGAAAGCUCAGCAGUACUACCGCAAGCUCAGGUACCCACCCCGGGGCCCCCGUCUUGGCAGGAGGGGCUGUGGGGAGCAGGAGACCGUGGGUGUGGACGGCGAGUUCCCUCUGGGCACCAAGGGCCACAGUGCCUGUGGCUGCCUGGGCUCCACGGGUGGGGCGGGGAGGGCGGGAGGUCCCUGGAUCCCCAGCGUCUCCGUCGCCCCCUACAGGAGCACCCUGAGUGUGUCCCUGGAGCAGGCGGCCAUCCUGGCGCGGAGCCACGGGCUGCUGCCCAAGUGCAUCAUGCAGGCCACCGACAUCAUGAGGAAGCAGGGCCCCAGGGUGGAGAUCCUAGCCAAAAACCUCCGCGUCCAGGACCAGAUGCCGCAGGGUGCGCCACGGUGAGUAGCCCCACCCUCC